AAUGAAAACCUGCGGCCCUCCAGGCCUGGAGUCUGUGGGCUGUCGUGAAGUGAUGGAUCAUCACGUAAAGGGCGUCACUAACCAAAUAAAAGGAGCACAGUGUACGAAGAGCCCAAAAGGGUCGGCUCUGCCCAUUUUGAUAUAGUUUGUGUGUGUUGGCAUUGCUGCGGACCCCCAAGUACUUGUAGCAGAAUAUCAGCAAACCUCUUCAGUGGUGGGGAGCAGAUUUGUACCUCCUGGUCCGUCCUUUGCCUCUCCGCUAUGUCAUAACACAGAAUCCUCACGAUGCUUGUGCACAGGUCUAAAGGGGGGCACAUUAGCUGGGGGGCUGCUGGCUCCUCAUUAUUAAGAGAACGGGCAGCCAGCAGUUUAAAAUGGGCAGUCAAGGGUCCUGAGCCGUAAUAAACUUCACUCCAAACUCGUAUUACUUGACUACUAAAAAUGUGGUCAACACCAAAAAGUCCUGCAGGGCUCCAGGACCAGAGCGGGGUACCCAGGGCUGCGGGUAGGCCGAUUUUGGGGGGCCACGCAGACCCGGAUUUCCUGUUAUUUCUUUUCCUGUCCCAAUCUGAUCAACUUUGAACAUCUGGCUUUCUGAAACUGUCGUAAAAUUAGAGGAUGCCAGCUGGGUCUGCAGACGUUGGGCAGCCUGCUCCUGGUGCCCACAUUGUUUCUGUUUGAUGCGUUCUUGCUUUUCUCAUCGGUGCCCUCAAAUGGACUGUUUAGCCAGAGGAAUUGCUGUGGGUUCUCCUUGAGAUUGGCAUCUUGUGGCAGCAGGUGACACCCUCUGCCACCCUCCUUGUGAGCCAUUGGUCAGCAUUUUGUUUAAGACUCCCGCCCAGUGUAGUCGGCCUUGUGCCCUCCAAGAUGGCUUGGUUUCCAUCUGAAGUUGCAUACGUGGCUGCCUUUACAGGACGACUCGCCCCUCCGAGUGUCGUCCUUGUGUGUGUUGAAGAUCUAGAUGACAGAGUGAAAGGCGCUAUAUGACAGACAGACGGACAGACGAAUACUUUAUUAAUCCCAAGGGGACAUUCACAAGUUGUAGGAGUGAAGGUCGUCUGUGAAUUGUAAAGCUUUAGCCAUUAAAGAGAAUAAAUAGAAAGAUAAAGCGACACCCAACUUUAAUGGCCCCCAACGUGGGGCGCCCCCUUGUUGUCGAGGACGGGGGGCGCCUGCUGAGCAGUCGGCUAAUGAAGGGUGUCCUGGGGGUGACUGGCGUGUUAAUCCGCUCUUCACCCUUCACCCUCUGUUAUUUCCCAGUCACGUCUGCAGGUUUGAUUUUGGUGUGGUGUCUCAAAUGGGUCGGCGAUGGCAUCGCCCGGUCGCCCAGUGUGGGUCAAACUUGUGUUCUGAUAAAGCAGUAGACCAGGCGUCCAAGAGCGGCGUCUGACUUGGGCGCCCACUACACUAAGCCUGCUGUGCCGAACUUGGUGGUCUUGUUAGUUCCGAUUUGGGCCAACGGCGUCCUUUAGGUGGCUGCACACCGACUGUUAGGUUGACGUGAGGUGGGUUGCCUGCCGUGCUCUGUGGCUGCCUGGCUUUUCCCUUUAAAAUGUCACCUUGUUGUCUUUGGACUUGGUUUGAGAGCGAUGAUGAUGACGCCGAGUGUUUCGAAGAAGAGCUCGUUGUGCUUGUUGGGGACUCUGUGAGGGGCAGUGGAUGUGAUUGGUGGCUUUGGAAUACCAGCAAGGAAUCCUGGUCAGGAAAAGAUGUCGGCCGCAGUUGUGCCCGACUGAAGGUGGUCUCCAGACGCAGAGCGUUUUAUCGUAUGGAGAGCCUUUUGUCAGACGAUUUACGGUGUGGACGAGAAAGCCACACAAUGCAACACAAGGUCACAAGGCCGGCUAAUGCCCCCCCGCAUUCCCGCUCGUCGGUGGCACCUUGACGGAUCUCAGAAAAUCAAAUCUUCCAUGAAAGUAAAGUUUUUGUUUGUCCGGCCGGGUGGAGACGCAGCUUUUCCUUGAGUCAAUAGCCGAGCCGUGAGCUGAUCCUCCUUGUUGUUGGCAGGAAGGGGCGCACACCUCCGCACCGCUGUCUUCAGGAGACAUGAACGGGCACAUUGAGCCGGGCCCUGCCAAGGUGGCAGUGACUAGCAGUGGUGCCAGCAGCACAAUUCUGUCUGUGGAGAAGGUCCCCUCCAGCAAGUCGACUCUGUGGCAGGAGGAGCCGAGGGGCAGGAGUCACAUCCCGUGUAGCCGGAGCACCCCCAGCCUGUGCCAGGCCAGCGUGCCCCCAGCAGUGACCACCAGAGCCCCUAAAGCAGAGUCGGAGUCUGGGAGCACUGAGCACGUGGAUGGCGGCAGGAAGGCCCGUGUAGAAAGUGGAUACUUUUCUUUAGAGAAGACCAAACCCGAGGCUAAAACGCCCGAAGAAACGCUGCCACAGCCCCCACAGCACCUCCAAUACGCCUCCCCCAGCAGGUACAGUUACCCCGAUGCAGAAUCCCCGAACCCCUGCCGCUCUCCGGAGUACAGCGACCCUUUCCUUUCCCCAGGUCCCUUCCACUCCAAUGGGUCUUCAGCCAUCAGCUCAUCCCAAAGCUCCCUGGACUCUGAGGCAAGCAGCGCCACACAGACUAGUGGAGCAAGCUGGGAGAGCCGGGGGGCUGGUGGCGGGGGGACCCAAAUUGAAAAGGCAGGAGCAUGCCAGUCAAGCCGGAAUACAAGGGAAUAUGCCACCCUUGCCGACAUCCCAAAAGCCAAAAGGAUCAGCAAUCGGGAUGCCUUCCAGGUGGAGAGGAAGCGGCUGGAGCAAAGAACACGGGCACGCAGCCCUGGCCGGGAGGAAGUGGUUCGUCUCUUUGGCCAAGAGAGAAGGAGGUCUCAGGUGAUUGAGAAAUUUGAGACGCUGGAUGUGGAGAAUGCCGAGAACAUGGAGACCAGCUCAGCCGCCAUUGCCGAAAGCAGUAUCUCAGAACCUCAAGGGACGUCUGUUGGCUCCACACGGCUGGGCCGCAGUGCACGACGCGCCAUCCCUCUGAAGCAGGACUGUACCCUGGAAGCUUCAAAAGGAGGGUCCGUUCCAGAAGCUUCUUCUUUACCCGUCAGUCCGUGCAGACGGGCCAAAUCGCUAGACAGGAGAACCACGGAGUCCUCGAUAACGCCCGACCUGCUAAACUUCAAGAAAGGAUGGAUGACAAAGCUGUACCAGGAUGGAGUGGUCAGUAGUUGUUUGGUUGCUCAUUACUUUGCAUUGCUGGGCAUG